AUGACAUGUACGCGCAUUAACCCUCCUGCAGAGGAAGGGGGCCAGUUAACAGGCGUUUGGUGGCCCCAGCACUUCUCGAAGGUCAUCAGCAAUUCAAUGCACCCCAUGAAAGGAAUGCUGUCUCGGUGUAGAAUCCGGCCAGAGCAGACAUCAACAAAAGCAGCCAGGGCUAGAUUCACUGACAAAUGGACACCAAAGCAGAGAGAGGAGGGCACCUGA